CUCUGAACCAUGUUUGGGAAGCCAGUUGCUUUCUCAAUUUUCUUCUUUGAGUAUUCUACCCAUUGAAUGUUUACUAUUUAUCUUUUCUUUCUACGGGAUUCUGCAUUUGUGAAUAUGACGGGAGCAUGCUGUAUUUGAAGGAUAUUUUUCUUAGCCUCUUGCUACAAGCAGUGUAGCAUCAGACUGCGUGCACAGAUAUGUAAUAACAUACAAUACGGAGCCUUUGGGAGCAAGACAGGAGAGACAUAUCUCAUCCUUUGAAAAGCGCAUUUUCAGCUUUAUUUUUGUGGUGCCUUUGUAUAGAUAUGUAUUAAGAAGUUUCUGGCAUGAGGGGAGUGGUAUGAUGGUAUGGCAACGAUAUGUCAGGGAGACGACUUAUGCAUAUUUAAAGCCUUUUCAAUUUUUUUUUUUUUUUUCUGUAACAACAGCAACAGAAGAACUAAAAGAAAUAAACACACACAACACACACAACACACACAAUCAUAACAAAAUAGCGUGUUGUGUUUUUCUCUCUUCACUCUGUUGCCCCUUCGCCAGCCCUCAUCUACUCCCUUUCACUGCUUUAUAUCCAGUUCCUCCCUCUGCAUACUUCGAACGGGAAGAACCUGCUCAUCCCACUUUCAAAUUUCUCCAUUGGGCACAUUUGUGUCGUAUUCUACUGUUGUUGCCCUUCAGGCCAUCAUCAGUAGAUUAAUCUCCACAGCUCAGCUCGACGUUGUCAUCUUGAAGUCUAACCCUAUAGUCCGACUCCCCUCCAUACUAUUGAGACCAGACACACUUCCAAAAAUGUCUGUUACCGGGAAAGAAAACGAAAGGUUUGGCGUGCAGAAGAUGGCAGAGGCCAUCGACGAGGUUGCAGAUUCUGCAAAAUUGAAAGAGGAUGCUGCGGCCCUGGCACGCCAAAGGGGCUGGGUAGAGCCUCAGAGCUACGACUAUGAGACCUAUAAUGCUGCUCCUAAACCUGGUGAGGACGCUGGUUUAACCGACCUCCCUGAAUGGGCUUCCAACGCUGCGAAGUACGAGUGGAAGGAGGAGUAUGGUGACGUGGGCCCUCGCAAUGAGGAGCUCGAGAAAAUGUUAUUCCGUAACGAGUACCUGAAUCGUGCAGGGAAUAAGUUCGAUCGCCUCCGUGAAGUUAAGGUGACGGCUGAGACAACACAUCAGCCUGAUCCUGUCAAGAGCUUUGAUGAUGCUGGAUUGCACCCCGUUAUGCGUGAGAACAUCAAGCUGUGUGGCUACAAUGUUCCCACCCCAAUUCAAGCGUACGCCAUCCCGGCCGUUUUGGCUGGAAAUGAUCUUAUAGCUGUGGCUCAAACCGGUUCCGGGAAAACUGCCGCCUUUCUGAUCCCUGUGUUGUCCAAAUUAAUGGGGAAAGCAAAGAAGCUCGCCGCUCGUCGUCCUGACCUGGGCAAUGGGUUUAACGAAUCUUUGGAUUGUGUUCGCGCGGAGCCUCUAGUCCUUAUCGUUGCCCCAACCCGUGAACUUUCGACUCAAAUCUUUGACGAGGCUCGUCGUCUAUGCUACCGUUCUAUGUUGCGGCCCUGUGUUGUGUAUGGUGGCGGGCCAUCCCGCGAGCAGCGCCUCGAGCUCCAAAAGGGUUGUGACGUCCUCAUCGGGACACCAGGGCGUCUUCUUGACUUCAUGGAGAAGCCGCACAUACUUUCCCUGCACCGUGUCAAAUUCACUAUUAUCGACGAAGCGGAUGAAAUGCUUCACUCCGACUGGGAAAUCGAGUUAAACAAGUUGAUGUCUGGCGGAGAUACCAAUGAAGACGCGGACCAUCGCUACAUGAUGUUUUCCGCAACUUUCAACAAAGGGUGCCGUGAACUAGCCCGCAAAUACCUUGCAGCAGACCAUGUACGCAUCCGCAUCGGGCGUGCUGGCAGUGCCCACCUAAACGUCAGCCAGAAGAUCUACUACACGGAUGACGAUAAGAAGAAGGAGGCCAUCUACGACCUUCUUCUUUCUAUGCCCCCCUCGCGUACCCUUGUUUUCGUCAAUUCAAAGGCACAAGCCGACCUUCUCGAUGAUUACCUGUACAACAUGGGCCUCCCCAGUACAUCUAUUCAUUCGGACCGUACUCAGCGUGAGCGUGAAGAUGCUUUGCGUGCAUUCAAAACAGCGAAGUCGCCCAUCAUGGUUGCAACUGGCGUUUCUGCGCGUGGUCUUGAUAUCAAAAACGUCAUGCAUGUUAUCAAUUUCGACAUGCCUAGCGCCGCCCACGGAGGAAUCGAGGAGUAUAUCCAUCGGAUUGGACGCACUGCCCGUAUCGGAAACGAAGGGCUGGCUUCGUCUUUCUACAACCACGAACGAAACAGCGACAUUGCCGCAGACUUGGUUAAGAUCCUGUUGGAGUGCAAGCAGCCCGUGCCUGACUUCCUCGAGUCCGAGAAACCAGAGGGAGACGACGUUCUGUUUAACGACGAUACAGAUGACGAAGACGACAAUAAUGACGGAGGAGAAGGUUCUAGGGGUGCUACUCAGGAUGAUGGAUGGGGUGCGCCAACCGAUUCUAUUGCUGAGCCGGAAGCCGCGUCGGCCUAGAACCCCGGAAAUGAUGAUAGUUGGUGGAUGUGGCUCUGUUCUUGAGUGACUAGUAUUCGCAUUGAGCAUAGGUGAAAAAGCGUUAAGGUAUCUCCAUGAAGUUGGUGUCUUUCAUUCACAUAUUAGCUUGAGUCAUACCACUCAUUACAGCUACGAUCGCGCUAUCCCAAACGCCAACAAAAUAGCGUACUUUAUUCUUUAUUUCAAUGCCCUGUCAAAUGGGCUUAGUAAAGAAGGGAAUUUAAAAAAAAAAAGAAAAAAACUUCUCAGAUUCUGCUUUGUUGUUUUAAAAUCCACAAUUCUUCUAUUAAGUUUAUUUCAUGCAUUUCUCAUUUCUCUCAUUUAAUAAAAAAUUAAAAUUUUCUUAAUAAAUUCAGUAUGUUAUAA